AUGGAUGGCCAACUUCGUGAUGAGGCCGCGCAAGAUCGCGUGCGCUCGGCCACAGAAUUCCUUGACCCUAACGAUGCCCGGGCACGCAGUUAUCGAGCCGACAUUGUGGUUAUGCUGAAUCGCGGUCUGCGACGUUUGACAGUCAGCAUUGAUGAGAUCAGAGCACACAACCGUGAGCUUGCCGACGGGCUGCUCUCCUCGCCGUUUGAUUAUUCGUUAGCCUUUGACACUGCUUUGAAGGCCGUCGUCAAGACACUCCCUGGACGUCCAAGCAAAGAAACCUCCGAUGAUGCGAACUAUUAUUGUGCCUACGUGGGCGCAUUCGGAGAAUUUUCAUGCAACCCCCGCACCCUGGGAUCGCAACACUUGAACCACAUGGUGUCCCUGGAGGGCAUUGUGACAAAAUGUUCCCUGGUUCGCCCCAAAAUUGUUCAGAGUGUUCACUGGGUCCCUGCGAAAGAACGUUUUGUUUCCAGAAAAUACCGUGAUCAGACGAUGAGUGCCAGUGGAGCAACUACCUUGAAUGUUUAUCCCCAAGAAGACGAGGAAAAGAACCCGCUAAUCACCGAGUACGGUUACUCAACCUACCUCGAUCACCAAUCUAUUUCCAUCCAAGAAAUGCCCGAACGUGCCCCGGCAGGCCAAUUGCCCCGAAGUGUCGAUGUCAUUCUGGAUGAUGACCUUGUUGAUACCGCAAAGCCUGGAGACAGAAUCCAGCUGGUGGGAAUAUACCGUACCCUCGGUAACCGCAAUGCAGCAAAUGGCUCAUCGACCUUCCGUACCGUCAUUAUGGCGAACAACAUCAUUCAAUUGUCCUCCAAGAGUGGUGGAGGUAUCGCUGAGGCUACUCUUACGGAUACCGACAUCCGAAACAUCAAUAAGAUCGCCAAGAAGAAGAACGUCUUCGAGUUGUUGUCCAAGUCUCUGGCCCCCAGUAUUCACGGCCAUGACUACAUCAAGAAGGCAAUUCUUCUCAUGCUUCUCGGCGGAAUGGAGAAGAACCUGGAUAACGGAACCCAUCUUCGUGGUGACAUCAACAUUCUGAUGGUUGGUGAUCCCUCGACUGCGAAGUCCCAGCUGCUCCGAUUCGUGUUGAACACCGCACCCCUGGCAAUUGCCACCACUGGUAGAGGAUCUUCAGGUGUCGGUUUGACAGCUGCUGUUACUUCCGACAAGGAGACCGGCGAGCGCCGGCUGGAGGCCGGUGCCAUGGUCCUCGGUGAUCGUGGCGUGGUGUGCAUUGAUGAGUUUGAUAAGAUGAGUGACGUCGAUCGUGUGGCUAUCCACGAAGUCAUGGAACAACAAACCGUGACAAUUGCCAAGGCCGGUAUCCAUACGAGUUUGAAUGCUCGAUGCAGCGUUCUCGCAGCCGCCAAUCCCAUUUAUGGCCAAUAUGAUCCUCACAAAGACCCGCACAAGAACAUUGCUCUUCCCGACUCCCUGCUUUCCCGUUUCGAUUUGCUCUUCGUUGUGACUGAUGACAUUGAGGACACUCACGACCGAAAGAUCUCAGAGCACGUUCUGCGAAUGCAUCGAUACCGCCAGCCUGGCACCGAAGAAGGCGCCCCCGUCCGCGAACAACUCAACCAAACGCUGGGCGUGGGUGUUGAUGAGCGACAAGACGCCAACGCACCCACCGAGGUGUUUGAGAAGUUCAACCUCAUGCUUCACAGUGGUAUGAUUGAUGCCGCCAAUGCUGGUCGUCGCCGUGGCAAGAAUGUCGAAAUUGUCAGCAUUCCCUUCAUCAAGAAGUACAUCCAGUAUGCCAAGAAGCGUAUCCAGCCCGUCCUGACCAAGGGUGCCGCCGACCAUGUUAUCGCUACGUACUCUGCUCUCCGAAACGACGAGCUGACCGGCAACAAGCGUCGCACGUCUCCCAUCACACCGCGUACUCUCGAGACGCUGAUCCGUUUGUCUACCUCUCACGCCAAAGCACGUCUUUCCAACCGAGUUGAGGAGAAGGAUGCAAAGCACGCCGAGGCCAUCCUCCGCUUCGCCAUGUUCAAAGAAGUCGUUGAGGACGAGCGCCGCAAGAGACGCAAGGUCACCACAUUCGAAGACUCGUCUGAUGACAGCAAUGAUGAAUUCGACGACGACUCUGAUGACGAUGACACCACUGCUCGAGCUACAUCUACCGCAACCCCAGGCCGACGCACUGGCCGCUCUCGCGGUACCGCACCGGCGUCUAGCCUUCCAGCCCCCGGUGAAGAUGAGGAGGAUCCAGACAGCCUUUACUCGGCUAGCCCGCGUGCCCAGCGUGUGCGCUCCAGCCAAACGGCCCGGACCCAGACUCAAUCUCAGACCGACGACUCUCAAAUGUCUAUUGCGUCCUCACACCCAGCUUCACAGCUCAUGGAGACACAAUCCGACUCACAGGGCACAUCCUCUGAUACCCCAAUCACACCGGCCCGCAUGGGAGUCUUCAAGCAGACUCUGGGUCUGCUAAUGGGCAAACGUGUCUUCGCAGAUAGUGAUACCAGCAAGGUAAACGACCUUAUCGAUGCCGUCAACACCACUAUCCGGGAGUCGCCCAGGCACGGCGCAGCGCAAGUAUUCUCCCGCUCCGAGGCCAUCCAAGCUCUACGUGUCAUGACCGAUGAGAACAUCCUGAUGUAUCUUGAAGAUGAUGAUGAUGUGUACCGCGUUUAA